ACCACCAUCCCAAGAAGUGAACUUCCGACCCUCUCAAAUAACUAAAUGGCUUCUGCCGACCGUGCUACAGAAUCAGAGGAAUGCCUUGUAAGCCUUUAUCGCCCAUCCACUAUACUGCCUAUCACAAGGCACCGGGAUGCCCUACUAUACCUGGUCGAAAACAAUCCGGUUACGAUAGUUGUUGGGCAAACGGGGUCAGGAAAGACUACACAGUUGCCUCAGUACCUACACCAAGCGGGGUGGACAGAGGAAGGCAAGGUCAUUGCUUGCACACAGCCUAGACGAGUAGCUGCAACUACAGUAGCUACAAGAGUGGCGGAGGAAAUGGGCGUAAGACUAGGCGAAGAGGUAGGAUAUUCAAUUCGUUUCGAAGACAUGACUUCUCCACGAACACGUAUAAAGUACAUGACGGACGGAAUGUUGCUCCGGGAGGCGCUUGUGGACCCGUUGCUAUCCAGGUAUUCAGUCGUCAUGAUCGACGAAGCGCACGAGCGUAGCUUAAGCACUGAUGUGUUGCUGGGUAUAUUGAAGAAAAUAAGGCGGAGGAGGGAGGACCUAAGAGUAGUUGUUAGUUCGGCAACGCUGCAGGCGGAAGAGUUCGCCAGGUUUUUCGGGGAUGAAGGAGAGACCAAGAUCAUCUCGCUCGAAGGGAGAUGCUAUCCGGUCGAUGUGCUCUACCUUGAGGAGCCUACGGAAAACUAUGUGGAGAAGGCAGUACAGACUGUUUUUGAUAUACACCUAAAGGCACGAUCCAUGAACAUACAUUUCUUGGAUAAACUAUUAAAUGAGGGAGAGGCGUGCAGAGGAUCUUCACCCACGAGCCCCGCAACUUUUACCGCUCCCCAACUAGCUGUCUUCGACCCCGCUCCAGAAAACCAUCGUAAGGUCAUAGUAUCGACAAACAUCGCCGAGGCCUCAGUCACGAUCGAGAAUAUUGUGUUUGUGAUAGAUUGUGGCUUCGUCAAGUUGCGUACUUUUGAUCCUAGGACUGGGAUCGAAGCUUUGAGUGCCGUGCCGGUUUCGAGGGCGUCGGCAACGCAGCGGGCGGGCAGGGCAGGGAGGACAAAAGCGGGCAAGUGCUUCAGGUUGUACACUCAGAGAGCUUUUAACGAUAUCAUGGCCGAGAUGGGGAUACCAGAGAUACAGAGAAGUAAUCUUGCUCCGGUCUUGUUACAACUCAAGGCUCUGGGUAUAGAUAAUGUAGUCCGUUUUGAUUUCAUCACUCCACCUCCAAGCGAGCUCAUGGUUCGAGCGCUGGAGUUGCUCUUCAGUUUGGGGGCAUUGGAUGAUUAUGCUAGACUUACCAAACCGCUAGGGCUGAGAAUGGCUGAGAUGCCGGUGGAUCCUAUGAUAGCCAAGAUAUUACUAAAUUCAGUGACCUUCCAGUGCACCGACCAAAUCUUGAGCAUAGCAGCAAUGACGAGCGUGCAAAACGUCUUCAUAUCCCACGAGGGUUCCAAAAAGCCUGCGGAAUCCGCAAAGCCCUUCGCCCCAAAGGCCAACAAACCCAACGCCGCGAAGUGGUGCAAAGACCAUUACCUAAACUUCCGGGCGCUCUCGCGCGCCGUUUCCGGCAUAAGGAGGUGUUUGACAACGGGGUAUUUCGCGCAUGUGGCUAGGAUGCAACCUGAUGGGAGCUUUCGAAGUGUUAAUGGUAUGCAGCUGUGGGCUCAUCCGAGCAGUGUUAUGUUCAACAGAAAGGCGGAUUGGGUUGUCUUUCACGAGGUUGUGGAGACUGGGAAGAAGACUUUCAUUAGAGAUGUUACCGUGAUUGAGAAGGAUUGGCUGUUGGAGUAUGCACCGGGAUUUCAUCAAUUGCGGAAGUAACUUGAGGUUUUGGGUUUUGUCUACCUAGACCUCGGCGCUAUGCCGAUACACUCUAAUUUCUAAGCUAUGAUGCUUCUGUCAUGAUCAACAAAGUCAUAAAUUUAGCCUUAAUUCUAAUCUGUAUUAGUUCGAAAAA